UCAGCUGGGAGCACGCGGCAGCAAUGAAAAAGUGACGUCACACCGAAGGCAGGACCAACAUGGCGGCCGUCAUGAGACUUGUCAACAGAGGGUUUUUAAGCUCAGCAAUGGGUCAGCAGUACCUGGCGUUUAGUUCCGUAGCGAAGGCUAAAGCCGCUGGCGUAGGAGCAGGUCAAACUCUUCCCGAGAAGGUGAGAAUAGUGGAAGUGGGACCCAGAGAUGGUCUUCAGAAUGAGAAGACCAUCGUGCCAACAGAGAAAAAAAUUCAUUUUAUUGACAUGUUAUCAGAAUCAGGGCUGCCAGUCAUCGAGGCCACCAGUUUUGUGUCACCGAAAUGGGUCCCACAGAUGGCAGACCAAGUGGAGGUGAUGAAGGGGAUCUGUAGGAAACCAGGAGUGUCUUAUCCUGUUCUGGCCCCCAACCUCAAGGGUUUCCAGGCUGCUGUGAAGGCUGGAGCUUCAGAGGUAGCCAUAUUUGGUGCUGCAUCUGAGCUGUUUAGUCAGAAGAACAUAAACUGCUCAGUGGACGAGAGUUUACAACGUUUUGACGAGGUUAUGAAAGCAGCCAAAGAGGCCGGCGUGCCAGUCAGAGGUUAUGUGUCCUGUGUUCUUGGAUGUCCAUAUGAAGGCAAAGUGGCACCUGAGAAAGUUGCACAUGUAGCAAAGCGCCUGUACUCCAUGGGCUGCUAUGAAAUCUCCCUAGGUGACACCAUCGGAGUGGGAACUCCUGGUAACAUGGCUGAAAUGCUGGAGGCGGUGAGCAGGGAGGUACCUGUAGGUGCUCUGGCAGUACACUGCCAUGAUACCUACGGCCAGGCCCUGGCUAACAUCCUCGUAGCUUUACAGAUGGGAGUCAGUGUGGUAGACUCGUCAGUAGCUGGACUGGGUGGCUGUCCCUAUGCCCAGGGGGCUGCUGGGAAUGUUGCUACUGAAGAUGUGGUUUAUAUGCUGCAUGGACUUGGGAUUCAAACAGGGGUGGACCUCUCAAAACUGAUGGAUGCUGGAGCUUUCAUCUGUCGAACCCUUAACAGAAGGACCAGCUCCAAAGUGGCGCAGGCCACCUGCAAACUCUAAACAAAUGCAAGCUGCAUGCUCUUUCACAGACUGUAUACUGAGGCAAGAUCAUGUAACCAGGAGCCAUCAUCCUCUGUAUGUUCAGUUUUCCUCGUUUUAAUUUUAGUUUGAUUGGGAAUAUGACUUUAAUAUUUGGGUAGUUGUGACCCCACCCUCUGCUUAAAAAUGUGAUAUUUGCUACAUGAUAGUAUGGCUGAACAUGGCCUUAUGUAAUGUCAAUCUAUUCAUAGGGGACCUAUCUGUCCAGAUCUAUGCCUUGAUCUGUUUUUCUUAAAUGGUGUGUUUAUAUUACAUUUUGGACGGUAUGUAAGCCAAAAUGAAGCACAGACCUUGUUUAUAAUAAUAAAACAAGCAGUAAAAGUGUCUAAUGAAUUGUACGGAAGCACAUUAUAUUCACCAAACAAAAAAAGGAUCUUGUAAUUAUGACUUACUGUCUCAUAAUUUCAAGAUGAGACAGAGAUCUUGUCAUAUGAGAUCAGGAUCUCAUUUAUGAGAUCUUUUCCUUGUAAUUACGAGAUGAUGCCUGAAAAUCAUCAGGUUUUAACGAUUUCUUUAGUAUCACAUUAACUCGGUGGUAGUUGUAAGUAUAUCAAAUGGUGCAGAGCAAAAGUGAACUAUUAAUAACAAUCAGCAUAACUACUGUUCCAAAAUGUAAACAAAUAUAGACGUGCCUCAAAGUUGCUGCCUACAGUGUAACUCAUUAUAGGCCUAUGCAUGUACUGAGCAGGAGUUGGAAAGCUUCAGAACCUGCUUGAGAAACACUGGGUUUUUCUGACAGCACAUCCAACAGUAGGCCAGGUAGCAAAAUUACCUGCUAAUAGCUGAUUCAGCGUACUUGGUGUUCCAAAAACAAAUAGGCCUAUAACUUAGGCUAAAAUCGGUGCCCACAUUGUAAUACACUGUAUCCAUGGCAACGUUACAUAGCCUGCUUCUUGUUCCUUGUUGAAGUUUAUAUCUGUUCACAUGAGUGAUGACUAUUGAUGGUUUAAUGCAGUGUAAUAAUUACAGUCAGGAUUUUAUAAUAGGCCCUCAUUGUUGCUGUUUAGGAAUACAGAGGCUACCUGAUCUAACUGUCUAGAUCCCAUAGACUAGUGGACUAUCUAUAGAAUGAAUACAAGCUUAAAUAUGAAUUUUCCAAAUAGCUUUUUUGUAUAGUAUUUUGGAAAAUGCCACAUUAAAUGGUAAAAGUUCAAUUAUGUGCACAGGUCAUACUUUUACAAGGAACAUCAAGGCGGCUAUAAUGUUUCUAUAGAUUUGAGUUGCUGUGGGCUGCAGCUUGGCCAUGUUUUUAGCCUAUAUUUAUUUACACUUUGGAACACUGAGUACACCAAAUGAACCUUUAUCAGUUCAUUUCUGCUGUGUGCUGUUCUACUGAGAGCAUUAUGUAGAUACUGAUGAAACCUUAAAAACCCGAUAUUUCACAAGCUUUCCGACACCGGCUCAGUACAUGUAUCCUACUGAGUUUACACUGUGGGCAGCAACUUUGAGGCCCUUUUGUAGUCUAUAUUCGUGACACUAAGUAUGCUGAAUUGACUGUUAAUAGUUCACUUUUACUAUGCACUAUUGGAUGAUGAUGAUAAUAAAGAAUAUGUUAAAAGCUGAUGCUUUUCUUGGUAAGUUCUGCAGCAUUCCAACCCCUCAUAAUUAUGAUUUCUCCUGAUCUCGUAAUAUGAGAUAGCAAGUCAUAAUUACCAGAUAACAUCCUCCAAUUUCUUUUUUCCUUUGGUGAAUGCAGUGUGUUUCUGUAGGAUGGAUACACUCACUGCUCCUGUCAGAAAAGAUACUUUUGACCGUCCUCUGUGCAGUGAUCAGUGUUGUCAAAUUAGGGAGCAUU